GAGCCCCGCAGGAAGGACCGAGCGCCGGCCGCCCGCCCGGGCCCCUCCCCUGCGGGGCGCCCCCAGCCCCACACCCCCCCACCUUCCUGGGGGGUGGGGGGGUGCGGGACGCCGACCGGGGGCCCCGCCGCCCGGGCAGCCGGGACAGCCCCUCUCCCCGCCCCCGGCCCCCUUCCUGGCCCGGCCGGCCAUGGAUCUGACCAGCACCUCGGGCGGCGGCGAUUCCCGGCAGAUCGAGGAGACCAAGCCGCUGCUGGGGGGUGACGUGCCGGCCCCCGAGGGCACGAAGAUGGGCGCCGUGCCCUGCCGCCGGGCCCUUCUGCUGUGCAACGGGAUGAGGUACAAACUGCUGCAGGAGGGCGACAUCCAGGUCUGUGUCAUCCGGCACCCGCGGACCUUUCUCAGCAAGAUCCUCACCUCGAAAUUCCUGAGGCGCUGGGAGCCGCACCACCUAACGCUGGCCGACAACAGCCUGGCGUCCGCCACGCACAUCUGGAUCUGCGGCGGAUGGGAAAACAAAACAACCAGAAAAAAAAGAAAAUAAAGAAACCCAACAACCUCAAAACCCCAAAACCCAAAGAAUUUCCAGAAGCCAGUUCCUUUCUUUGCUCUCUACCCGUCUUUUUCCUGCCCGGGCUGGCAGGCAAAACUGGGUGCUUCCCUUUCUGAAAAAAUUUC